AUCCUUUUUGACCUUCCCUCCGAUUUUUCCCUUGCGGUCGCCCUUCAUUUUUCUGCGCGGAUGGUCUGAACCGCCACCCCGACCUUCGCUCACGUUCGCGUCUUGUCGGCCUGGAAUCUCAGGUAUCCGUCUCUCAUCCUGCUUCGGUGCUACCCACGACUCUAUCCAGUAGUACGACGAGGGACUUUGUCGCCUUUCGGACUGAGCUCGUCGGGCCGACAAUCCUGCGAUUACUCCUAUCACCGUGGCCCCAAUCCCUAAAUACUUCCCCCCCAGUGGCCGAUUCGACGGGCAAUGGGGGAUGCCUCCUCUAUCGGUCUACACGCCUUUUGAAUCCCUCCUCUUCUUCCAGUCUCUCGCCGGCCUAGAAUCCCCUCCCGCAAACUUCGUCUCCAUCUCCGAUGUGCUCCGCAACAACCCCUUCGUUCGAGAGAAUGCCGCCUACGAUGCGGCAAGGCUCAGCCCCGAAGCCUUGGAGGAUCUCUAUGCGACACUGAUGCGAGAUGGCUGGGAUUCAGCAAACGCGGGACCCAACGGUCAUCAUGCUGAGAGCCCGGCCCCCAAUAACCCCAAGAAGCGCAAGAUAUCCAGCCCUCGAGCGGAGGGACUGGCGGACAAAGGUUACAACCACGCCAGCAAAGUGCCCAGGCUAGUGUCGCACCUAUAUGCCAGAUACAAGGAGCUGGUAACGCGGGAGAUUCAGAAUGAAGAGCAGAGGUAUAGGGAUAUUAGGAAAGAGAUCGAUCAGCUACAGGAGGAGGACCGGGAUGCGCUCUCGGAGACCUCCGCAAGACCUCCGCCAGCGCAACCGAUUGCGCCAGCGAAGCAGGAGCCCGCGCCAGAACCGAUGGAUGUGGAUGUGAAGCCUCCACUGGAACCGCAGCGGAAGGAGCUGGAUUCAAGCAAGCAGCCCGUGCAACCUGUCGCGCGCCCACCGCAGGAACCCCAGCCUCUGGCCGCGCCGUCGGUACAGCCCGUCGAACUGCCACCGACAAACAAGGCAAAGCUCCAGCAACAGCCUCAGCCUCAGCCACUGCCGCAACAACAACCUCAACAGCCAUUACAACCGGCACCUCGUCCUCAGCCCAACCCUCAGGUAGCGACAGGUCGGCCGCCUCAGCAGCCACCAGCCCCGAAUGGAAAGGCGUUCCCGACACCAUCACAACCAGCUAUUGUGCCCAAGAAUGCCCCUGUAAACCACGCACCAGCGGCCGCGCCACCGGCUCCGUCGCCAAGACCGCCCAAUGCCUCAGUUCCCAGCCCGGGUGUCGCACGCCCUCCCGCUGUUACACCUUCGCAAGCUCCACAGAAAGCAAGUGUGCCAGUCCCUUCCACCCCGCAACAGCCAGUUCUGGCCAGCAAGCCCUCUGCCAAGGAAGGACAGUCUGUUCCAGCUGCUAGCCCGGCGCCUCAGCGACCUCCGCCCCAGGCUAGUUUCCAGCAGUGGUCUCUAAACAAACCUCCACAAACGCCACAACCUCCCCCAGCAUUCGCAAAGCCGAAACCAGAGCCGACGAACGCCGCUGUUUCUGGGCGACCGGUUCAGUCUCCCUUCCCUCCACCCACCCCAACCUUCGAAAACAAGAAGGGACCGCAAGGACCACGCCCAACACCUGCUCCGUCAACUCCAGGACCUGUGCCUGCGGCCGCCCACACACCUGCCCAGAACAUUCCACCACCCGCGUUCCAGACCCCGGUUGGACCUGCGCAGGGUUCCAUCCUUUCGCGGCCACCGAGCACGCGGCCUCUCCGGCCUUCGAUUGACACGGGCGUUCUUACACCUGGCUCUCUCACACCAUGGAAGCGGACUCCACGGCUGAGCAUCCCCCACUCUCCUCGUUCGCCCGAACGGCCACGGCCUGAGGAGAUCAGUCCUAUCAGUGAGAAAGCGCCGUCUUUGCCGGGUUCUCGUGAGCCGACACCAGAGGAGCCUGAGCCCCGCCGUCGAAAGCGGAGGACCGAGACGAAAAGCAAUGGAACUGGCGCUGAUCAGACACUGUCGAUUGAUGCAGAGAGCAAGGGAGGGACUAAACGGAAGAGUGAGAGGGGAACGCUGUCUAGCGGUAAAGACCGUGACAGAAGCACAGCGUCGUCCCGAAGCCGAGGAAGGUCUGUGUUGUCGCGGGACGAAGAGUCCACAGCGGAUACGGGGACUGGCUCCCAGGCGAAAAUCAAGCAUGAAGUACCCAGUACUCCAGCUGGUAUCUCAGAAAUGGCAGAGCCCGAACGUCUUUCGGUCAGUCGGCCGAGCAGGGGGCGGCCGAAGCGCAAGCGUGCUCCGAGUGAGAGCCUAGAGGCCGAACCUACUCAGUCGGAGCUAAGCCAGCUCACUCGCGUUGAUCCUAAUCAGUCGACGUCGUAUGUAGUCUGCGCGCGCAACUUCCCCCGGACCGGAGCUCCCAUCAUGAGUGAGCUUAGCAUGCACAAGGUUGCAGGCACCUUUUCAAAGCCGCUGACAGAACGUGACGCACCGGGAUACCGCGAUCUUAUCUACCGGCCGCAAGAUAUCAAGACCAUCAAGUCGCUGAUUCACCAGGGUAGCAGGGCGCUGGCGGCAGCUACAGAGGCCGCGAGCACACCGGCAGGCGACGGGGAAUCACCGGCGCCGGGUACAGGGACUCCUUCGAAGAAUGCAGUCCUUAUGUUGCAAAAGACAGAGGACAUUAUUCCCCCGAAGGGUAUUGUGAAUUCGGCGCAGCUGGAGAAGGAGUUGAUCCGUAUGUUCGCCAACGCCGUGAUGUUUAACCCUAUCCCUCAACGUGGCUUUGGGCCUGCCUUCCCUAUGAUCAGCGAUAGCGGGUCAAGAGAGAGCACGCAGGUUCCCGAACAAGAGGAGGGCGGUAUCAUCAAGGACACGCUGGAAAUGUUCGAAGAUGUCGAGCAAGCCGUUACGCGAUGGCGCGCGGCGGAGCGGACGGCGGACGAGUUCGCCAGCAAGAGCAUCCUCUCGCUGCGGCGAGGAAGUGCCAGUGACCUCAACACGGAUAGUGCGGAUGAGGUCAAAGGAUCAUGAACGAUGUAUGCCGCACUGUAGCGUACUUGAUUGAUGUAUUAUUAUUAUUAUUAUUACCCACAUGUUCGG